AUGGUAGUGAAUGGUAUUGCAGCUGUCAUGAUGGUGCUUGACAAUGUCAAACUCUGCUUAAGUGAAGAUCGUCCAUCUGCCAACAUAACUUCACCUGGACCAAUUCCUAUAAACUUAGAGGUAUCAGAAUUGGUCAUCAGCAGAGGCUUAGAUGGCAUAUUCCACAUAGAACCACCAGUAGAAGCUGUUCGGCAUCCUAGGGAGCUGUUUAAUUCUGUUGGGGUUCUAAGUGAGAGUGCUCUUCGACAUUUAGCAUCUCUGGAACAUUCAAACAAACAACUGCAAGCUGAAAAUGCUGAACUGAAACGGAGGUUGGCAGCAUUAGAGAGAGUAUCAAAGGAAAACCAUACUCUGCGUCAGUCAACAGAGGAGAGUCAGAUCCUGAGAUCAUGUCUAGCCACUGCUCAAGAUGAUGUUGCUUCUCUAUUGGAAGAGAAGCGUUCACUGUUAGACCACAUGCGACGCCUGCAGGAUCAAGUAGAGCAGUCCCAACGCAGCAAGAGAUAGCAGAAGUGUUUCAAGUGCUGUAGUGCCAAGAGGUCAUCACAGUAGUGGCGAUGAUAAAGGUAGCUAAUUUGCCAACUGUUAUGUGAAAUGGAUGUCUGUUUGGAAGAAGGUUUUAUUUCUGUACACCACUAUGACCUUUGCAAACCAUGGAAGAGUAUAGUAAUGCUUCAUUGCCAAAACCUGUCAACUCCAAUCUCAUAUAAUGAAUUCAGGAUAAGUGAAUGUACUUAUGCAGGAAGAGUACUGUUAUAUGAGAUGUGACACCUUGUAAUCUGGCAGAAGUUUGCUGGCAUUUUUGAGGAAUUUGCUGGCUCCUCGCUGGUUGGUUGCUUGGCUUACUCUUCAACACUGUAAAUGGAGGCAGCAUAUUCUUCCAGAAUAUCUGUAAAUUUGUACCAGUCAGAUCUCAGAAGAAAUCUUUGUAGUCCCAACCAUGAGAACCUAAAAAUCAGCAUGCUUACACAGGGUCUUUUUGAAUUGUCAUAUUUUUUAACCUUCAUAUCUCCAAAAUAAAUAGAGCUGUAAAUGUGAAAUGAAGUGUAUUGUGUUGGAAAGAAAAGAUAUUUCCCCAGUGCAUCUUCCAGUUCCACAGAUGUUCUAUGUGUUGUCCCUGAAUAAUGUGGACAUUGUCACAUUUGUUCAACAGUUCCUCCCAAACACAAGUGAGCAAGUCAGGGUUAAUUAUAGCAACAUCUGCAGCAGUCUUUGCUCAGAGUUCAUCAAGGGGGGGGGGGCACGCUUGACCUUUGAUGUAGCCUCACAGGAAAAGUUGUGAGAUGAGUUCAAUAAGGGUGCCAGGCAAUGGGAAAUCAGCCAUUUUACUUCACAGCUGUUUUUAGCAAUAUAGGUAGCUGAGAGAAGAGGUAAACUCAUGUAUGAGAAAUGUCUAUCUGCCAGUAUGUGCACUAUGUUUCAUUUAUUUAUAGCUACACUUUUGAACGAUAACAUUUUUCAACAGUAUAACCUAAUUAAGAAUGAUCAUGUAUAGUUAAUGCCCUGUAACAUUUAAUGUCACACAGCAGUAAUAUGACUCUUGAAGCUUGAAUAGAAGCAUGUUAAAUGUGGUUGAAGUGAUGCUUGUCAUGUGGGAAGAAUAUUCACUUCCUCUGACAUUCAUGCAGUCCAUUUUUGGUAUAUUGUGUAUAUGAUGUCUUAUAAUUUUAUCUGCAUUGGUAGCCAUUUUGUAGGUCGAUGUGGAUUGACCCAAAUAAUUUUGUUUAGAACUUUUGCUCAAACCCUGUUCCCCUGUACUGUUGGAAAAUCGAGAAUUGUAUUAAUAAUAAAGCAAAUUAAAAUGCAUAGUGGGAGACAGUUAAGUUAAAUUUGUUUUGAAUAAAAUUAUGGAAAUGACAAUUCACUGAGUCACUGUGUAAUUAUAUAUGCCAUUUUUUCCUUCCUGGUCAUGUUAAUACAUAUUAUUUUUGUAUGUUGUUUACACCACAAAAGUUUUGAACAAUAUUGCUGAAUAUAUAUUCUGUUUGCUACUUUUCCAUUUAAACAUUUUUGUUAUAUAAUAUAUUUUUUUCAUGUUAUGUUUAACAGUCUGUUGUAGAAUAUUUAUAAGCUCAGCUGGACGAACCAAGAUUUAAUUCUUGGAAGUGGCUCUUCUCCACAGUGCUGAGUUUGGCUCUGUGACUCACCCAGCCUCAUGUCCAAUUAAUACUGGGAAUUCUUUCCCGAGGGGUAAAGUGACAGGGGAGUGAAGCUGACCACUCACCUCCAUCUAUUGUUAAAGAUGUGUAUGCAUGCACUUAUACCAUCAUUUAACACAUAUUCAUGGUGUUAUGCUUAAUCAAGAACAGGGACAACUUCAUGUUUUACCUUUAUUGAGUAGUUUUGAUAUGUACAGGAUGCCCCUUUAGUCAUUUUGGGGUUUAGAAAGCUACAUUUUCUUAACCAUUACACAUAUUGUAACAUGUUUGGCUACUGAAGACGCUGUUCGGAUUGUUAAUUGUCAUAAAUACA